AUGGCGCUCGAUCCUGCAGAUCAGCAUCUCAGGCAUGUCGAGAAAGAUGUUUUGAUCCCUAAAAUAAUGAGAGAGAAGGCGAGAGAGAGAUGUUCUGAACACGUUCAAGACUUUACCAAAUGUUGCCAGGAUUCUGGAAUUCUCAUGGUGGUAAAAUGCCGGAAAGAAAAUUCUGCACUAAAAGAUUGUCUCACCGCUCACCAUAAGGAUCCGGCUUUUUAUGAAGAAUGCAAAGCAGAAUACCUCAGAGAGAGGGAAGAGUUCAGAAGAACGGGCAUCCCUAACAAGAAAAGGCUACAGAAGCUGUCCUCGAGUAUGUAG